UGAGCAUGAUGAUGAUGAGAGAGAGAGAGAGAGAGUGCUUAGUUUAGUUUAGUUAAGUUAAUAGUUACUGACUGUGUUUCUCUGUCACUCAGUAUUGGUCUGCUUAACAGCACCACCAUGCUCUGAUCACUCAGGUUUAUAUAUUUAUUUAAUCAAUCAGUCACACACUUUCGCUUUCUCUUAGCUCUAAACUAAACAUAAACAUAAUAACAAAAAGAGAAAAAGAAAAAUUAAAAUAAAGCCCAGAUUUAAAAUCUCAAUCUAGAGAGAGAAACAAGCAUAAAAAUUAUGAAACCAUCUCUCUCCCAGUUUCUCUCUCUAAAACCACCGUUCUCAUUUCUUCUCCUUCUCCUCAAUCUCAGUGCUUCAGCAUUCUAUCUCUUUCUCCCUCUAUAUAUCUCUGCAUCUGCGUGUCUUUGGAUCUAGCUGAGUACGAGCAUUUGGAUGUGAAGUUGUGAGAGAGAGAAAGCGAAAGUAAGAGAGUGUGUGGUUUUGGUUUCGGUUAGAUCGGAGAUGGCGGAUUUUUCCGGCGAUUCUGGAGCGGAGGCGGGUGCGGCGGUGACGCCGGCGCCAUUGACGGUGUCGGCGUCGUUCAAGGAAGGGAAGAGCUCGUCGAGGAGGAGAGCUUCGAUGAGGCCGAGCCUGGAUGCGGACGAGUUCAUGAACCUGCUGCACGGUUCGGAUCCGGUGAAGGUGGAGCUCAAUCGGCUCGAGAAUGAAGUUAGAGAUAAGGACAGAGAGUUAUCAGAAUCUCAAGCCGAGAUCAAAGCCUUGAGGCUUUCUGAACGGCUCAGAGAGAAGGCCGUUGAAGAGCUUACUGAAGAAUUAUCGAAGGUCGAGGGGAAGCUGAAGUUAACAGAAUCUCUACUAGAAAGCAAAAAUCUUGAAAUAAAGAAAAUCAAUGAUGAGAAAAAGGCAUCAAUGGCAGCUCAGUUUGCCGCUGAGGCCACUCUCCGAAGGGUUCAUGCAGCUCAGAAGGAUGAUGACAUGCCUCCUAUAGAAGCUAUUCUUGCUCCUCUGGAGGCUGAACUCAAGCUUGCACGCCAAGAGAUUGCUAAACUCCAAGAUGAUAAUAAAGCUUUAGAUCGUCUUACCAAAUCUAAAGAAGCAGCACUUCUGGAAGCUGAGAGGACUGUCCAGGUUGCCUUGGCUAAAGCUUCCAUGGUGGAUGAUCUCCAAAAUAAAAAUCAAGAGCUAAUUAAGCAGAUUGAGAUUUGCCAGGAAGAGAAUAAAAUUCUGGACAAAAUGCAUAGACAGAAGGUGGCAGAGGUUGAAAAGCUUACCCAGACUGUAAGGGAGCUUGAAGAGGCUGUCCUUGCUGGUGGUGCAGCUGCAAAUGCUGUGAGAGAUUAUCAGCGGAAAGUUCAAGAAAUGAAUGAGGAAAGAAAAACUCUCGACCGAGAGUUAGCUCGUGCCAAGGUAACUGCAAACAGAGUAGCUGUGGUGGUGGCAAAUGAAUGGAAAGAUGCUAACGACAAAGUCAUGCCUGUCAAACAAUGGCUUGAAGAAAGAAGAUUCUUGCAGGGAGAGAUGCAGCAACUUCGAGAUAAGCUCGCUAUAGCUGAGCGCACGGCAAAGUUUGAAGCCCAGUUAAAAGAAAAAUUUCAAUUACGGCUUAAAGUGCUACAAGAGAGUUUGAGAGAAACACCUAACAGUAUUAAUCGCGGAACCCCAGAGGCUAGAAGUGCUAGUAAUGGGCCUUCUCGACGCCAAUCCCUAGGUGGAGCUGAUAACAUCUCAAAACUGACUUCUAAUGGGCUUUUAUCAAAGAGAACAUCAUCCUUUCAAAUGAGGUCCUCUGUGUCCUCCAGCACAGUCUUGAAACAUGCUAAAGGCACAUCUAAAUCUUUUGAUGGUGGUACAAGGUCACUUGAAAGGAGUAAAAUUCUUCUAAAUGGAAAACCUCCUAGUUAUUCAUUCAACCAGUCUUCUGAAGGAACCAAGGAGAAAGAGGAAAAUGAUAACUGGAAAGGAAGUUCAGAUGAUAAGCCAAAUGAGUUCCCAGCGGUAGACACAGAGGAUAGUGUUCCAGGAAUUCUGUAUGAUUUGUUGCAGAAAGAAGUCUUAGCCUUAAGGAAAGCUGGUCAUGAGAAAGAUCAAAGCCUAAAAGAUAAAGACGAUGCCAUUGAGGAGCGUGACACGGGGUGGAUUAACACGCAGCACGCAAUAGCAAUAGGUCUAUUGCAGUGGCACUGAGGAGUGAACUUUCUCAUAUUAUCAUUCUUCUGGCCUUCUCUGUUGAUUUUUUCUUUUUUAAAAAAAUCUUUUACUUUGCCUUUUCCCCCUCAAUUUGAUUACAAGAUUGUAACUGGCAUGCCAACGACCAUUGUUCCCUAUAUCGGCCAUGGAUUGAGAGUUAGAAAAGAAUUUAAGGAAUGGGUAUGCAUCUGACCUAGAAUGUUGUAUUGCAUAGAGAGAGUGAGAUCGGCUAAGAAGGCAGGCAAAGGAAGACAAUUAACAUGGAGCUAACCUUCAGCUUUUCUUUGAGUGGUUGUGUGGUUGUUGUAUAGCUAGAUCCUUUCUGCAGUUGAUAUUUGUGAUACGCAGAUAGUGUGAUUGUGUUGGUUCGAGUUUGUUAAUAUCCUUUGUACUCAUCAAGAUCUAAGCUUAUGGUUGUGUCAUACAUUCAUAGUUUCAACUUCAUAAUAUUUUCUUGUUUGAUUGAAAGGCGCAUUGUUGCCUCUACACUUGUUUCUCCGUUCUUGAUAGCUCGAGGGUACUGUUCGAGUCCGUUGUACCUCCAGCUCCAAUCUUGUCCAACGAUGUGAUUUAAUUUAAAUCUUUUGAUCAA